AAACAUAUGCAUUUAUAUUGAAGAAAAAGCAGAAAAACUAAGAACCACUAAGAAGAAAACAUUUUACUACAGUCUUUUCUUUUGAUGGCAGACUCUCCACAUAGUUUCAUAAAUCCUUUUGAACAAUUAAAUGUCUAUGAAUUAAAUCACUACUAGUUUUCUGCAAAAUGUCUUGGUUUAAGUUUUCACAGUCCUUUAUGAAACCACAGAACUGAAAGCGGGUUUCAAAGCAACUUCUGCUCAAGACAGUUCAAGUUCAGUGGAGGAACAAGAAACAUCUUCUCAUCAUUAUUCAAGCUGUGAAUCUAUGAAUGGCGAUGGCUUCUGUUAAAGUGCUGCUUCUGAAUUCACUGGAGAACCUGACAGAAGAUCAUCUAAAGAAGUUUAAGUGGACCUUAGAGAACGGUCAUGAGUGUAUAACAACGUCUGAUAUGGAGAAUGCAGAUAGGAUGAAAACUGUGGAUAAGAUGGUAGCGUGUUUCGGACCAGAAGAAGCUGUGAAGAUCACGGUGGAGAUCCUGAGGAACAUCAACCAGAAUAAUCUGGCUGAGCAGCUGGAGAACAAAUGCAAGCAUAUUCGUUCAACUGCAGACGAUAGAAAAGCUACUCUUUAUGAUUACACAGAGGCCAGCCACAGACUGAAGGACAGAUUAAAACAGGAGUGUGAGCGGAUAUUGAUUGGUAAUUCAAAGACGGGUCAUCAGAAAAACCUGAACGAUAUCUACACUGAUUUAUAUGUGGUGGAGAAUGAGACUGGAGGAAGAGUGAACGAACACGAGGUGAUACAGAUCGACUCUCACAACCGACCGACUGCCAUGGAUACAGCAAUAAAGUGUAACGACAUGUUUAAACGAAACAGAAAGGUACUGACGAUGGGGAUUGCAGGGGUGGGAAAAACUGUCUCUGUCAAUAAAUUCAUCCUUGACUGGGCUGAAGGAAAAGAAAAUCAGGAUAUAACCUUUGUUUUUCCUCUUCCAUUCCGUGAGUUAAACCUGAUUACAGAGGAUUGCAGCCUCACAGAACUGCUUCAUAAACAUUUCUUUAGGAGUCCUGAAGAAUUGCCCUCUCUUCCUGAAGGUGAUAGUAAAGUCUUGUUCAUUUUUGAUGGACUGGAUGAAUGUCGCUUCCCUUUGAGUUUUAAAGAUGGUGUCAGAUUUACAAAUGUGAAUGAAAAAACAACAGUGAGUAAGAUAAUAACAAAUGUUAUCAAGAGACACCUGGUUCCCUCUGCUCUCAUCUGGAUCACAUCCAGACCAGCAGCAGCCAGUCUGAUUCCCCGUGGCUACAUUGAUCAAGUGACAGAGGUGCGAGGAUUUAACGAUGAGCAGAAAGAGCAAUACUUCAUCAAAAACAGUCCUGAGGUCGCUGGAAAACUUAUUAGUCACAUCAAGAAAUCCAGGAGCCUGUACAUCAUGUGCCAUAUCCCCGUCUUCUGCUGGAUCUCUCUCACUGUUCUUCGGCCUCUACUGGAUCAAGAGAGCAAUGACAAAACUCCCACAACUCUCACAGGGAUGUACACACGCUUCUUAAUUUCUCAGCAGCAACAGAUGGAAGAAAAAUACUGUGGUGUGUCUUUUGCUCAGAUUGUUCUGAAGCUUGGGAAACUGGCCUUUCAACAGCUGGAGAAAGGUCAACUGAUUUUCUACAAAAAAGAUCUUGAGGAAUGUGGACUCGAUGUCAGUGACGGUUCAGUGCAAUCUGGGUUAUGCACUCAGAUCUUUCAGAAGGAAACUGUUUCAGCAAUAAGUGUUUUCAGCUUCGUUCAUCUCAGUGUCCAGGAGUUCCUUGCUGCUCUUUAUGUGUUUAUGAUGAACAAAGACAAGAAAGCAAACCCAUUUCUUCAAUCCCGCAGAGAAAAACUGACAUGGAAACUGUUCAAAAAGUCACAGUUUCAGCUUCAUAAGCCUGCAAUCAACAAGGCUUUAAGAAGCAAGAACGGACACCUGGACCUUUUCCUUCGGUUCCUCCUGGGUCUCUCACUGGAGUCCAAUCAGAGUGACCUGAAGGAACUACUGCCAAAACUGAAACUCAAAUCAAAGAGCAUUAAAGACACUGUUGACUAUAUCAAAAAGAAAAUAGAAAAGGAGAAAUCAGUAGAGAGGACCAUCAAUCUCUUCUACUGUCUGAGUGAACUGAAAGAUGACUUUGAGGAGGAAAUCCAGAAGAAUCUGAGCUCAGGAAAUCUUUCAGCAGAUCUCUCCUCUGCUCAGUGGUCUGGUCUGGUGUUUGUGCUCCUGAUGUCAGAAGAGGCUCAAGAGAAGUUUGAACUGCAGAAAUACAGAAGAUCUGAUGAAGCAGUGAUGAGACUACUGCCAGUGAUCAAAAACACCAGAAGAGCACUGCUACAUAGCUGUGAUCUCACUGCUCAGUGUUGUGAGAGUUUAUCAUCAGCUCUACAUUCCUCAAACUCCUUCCUGAGAGAGCUGGACCUGAAUAACAAUGACCUGCAGGAUUCUGGAGUGAAGCUUCUUUCUGAUGGACUGAAGGGUCCAGACUGUCAGCUGGAGAUACUGAGAGUUCCCACAUGUAAUCUCACUGCUCAGUGCUGUGAGAGUUUAUCUUCAGUUCUUCAUUCCUCAAACACCGUCCUGAGAGAGCUGGACCUGAGUAACAAUGAGCUGCAGGAUUCAGGAGUGAAGCUUCUUUCUGAUGGACUGAAGAGCCCAAACUGUCACCUGAAGAUACUGAGGCUACACAGCUGUAAUCUCACAGCUCAGUCCUGUGAGAGUUUAUCAUCAGUUCUUCAAUCCUCAAACUCUGUCCUGAGAGAGCUGGACAUGAGUAACAAUGACCUGCAGGAUUUUGGAGUGAAGCUUCUUUCUGAUGAACUGAAGAGUCCAAACUGUCAGCUGGAGAUACUGAGAUUGUCUGGCUGUAUGGUGACAGAAGAAGGCUGUGGUCAUGUGUCUUCAGCUCUGAGUUCAAACCCCUCACACCUGAGAGAGCUGGAUCUGAGCUACAACCACCCAGGAGAUUCAGGAGUCAAGCUGCUCUCUGAUAAACUCAAGGAUCCAAACUACAGACUGGAAAAACUCAAUGUGGAUCAUGGAGGAGAGAUCAGGAUUGAAGCAGGAGUACGAAAAUAUUAUCGUCAGUUCACUCUGGAUCUGAACACAGUGAAUAAAUUCCUCCGUCUGUCUGAGAACAACAGAGUGAUUACUGACACUCGCACAGAGCUUCAGCCGUAUCCUGAUCAUCCAGACAGAUUUGAUGAUGAGUGGCAGGUGUUGUGUAGAGAGAGUGUGUGUGGAUACUGUUACUGGGAGAUUGAGUGGAGCGGAUGCGUGUAUAUAUCAGUGUCAUAUAAGAGCAUCAGUAGGAAGGGAUCGGGUGAUGAGUGUGUGUUUGGAAAUAAUGAUGAGUCCUGGAGUUUGUCCUGCUCUUCCUCCAAAUACUCAUUCAUACACAAUAACGUAGAGACUAAACUCCCUGUAAAGCCCAUCAGCAGUAAAAUAGGAGUGUAUGUGGAUCACAGUGCAGGAACUCUGUCCUUCUACAGCGUCUCUGACACAAUGAGCCUCAUACACACAGUCCAGACCACAUUCACUCACACACUCUAUCAUGGGUUUAGGGUUUAUUAUGGAUCAUCAGUGAAACUGUGUUGAUGAGUGAGAACAGACUGUAGAGAGAUUCUACCCAUAAUGCUUUGGGCCGCUUGAUAAACCAGUAACAGUGAGAUGUUUUAGAGUCUCUUAUUGUCUCUUCAUUACAGUGAUACUACAGUAAAAUAAUGUCAGAAUAAAUGUGUGUAAUGAAUCCUCAUACAGACAGAAAAAUCAGUGUGUGAGUGAGUCACGAUGAGUGACAGUGUGUGUCUGUGCUUUUCUCAAACUAUAUUCAGUUCUUAUUGUACUGUCACAUAAAUCAUUUUUAUUAGUAGUAUUAAAAUGACCUUUCAAUGACAUGUAUCAUUCAAAAAAGCAUGUUAUUUGUUGUAAAAUUGAUAAAUGUCAAUUUAUUAAUAAAUGUGAAAAAUAUAAACCCAAA